GUUUCUCGUAGUACCAAACACUAUCACACACUUUACACGUGUAAUUUGAGCCGACUCCGUGAAAUCCGGGAGCAAAAUCUCUACCGAUGGCAUCAAGUCAAGCCAUCAUCUUUUGGCAGUAUCCUAGCACCGUUACCCGAAUGAUUGUUUUCCCCACCUUUCCUUGUCGAAUAGGUUCCUCCCGUCCGUCUGUGCUCGCGUGAAUUUCACUAUAAACACCCACCCCACUGGAAUUUCAAUAUCUUUAAGCUCCCUUUCAACUCAUACCGAUAGCUCUUCACCUUCUCUUACCACACCGACAACCACCAUUUCGACAAAUCCACAGACUCCAGCUUUGAAACUUGGUAUAACACGCACAUCAAACAACACAUCCAAAUGUCAACCUCCACCCCCACUUCCACCGCCCUAAUCGGCUCAACCGGCCUCGUCGGCUCCCACAUCCUCUCAACCCUCCUCACCUCACCCACCACUUCCUCCCAAGUCCAAACCAUCUCCCGCCGCGCGCCCGCCAACCCAACCAACUCCUCUCGCCUUUCUCCCACCGUCAACGCCGAUACCUCAACGUGGCCUACCCUCCUCUCCUCCCUGGUUCCCUUGCCGACAACCGUCAUCUCCUCUCUGGGAACCACUCGCGUCGCGGCAGGCGGCAUCGCCAACCAGUGGAAGAUUGACCACGACCUCAACGUGGACCUAGCCAAAGCCGCCAAACAAGCGGGAGUCAAGAACUUUGUCUUUAUCUCGUCCGCGGGGACUAGGGGCGCUUUGAGCACCAAGGUGCCCUAUUCGCAGAUGAAGCGCGGGGUGGAGGAUACGAUUCAGUCUCUGGAUUUCGAGCACGGCAUCAUCCUCAGGCCGGGCUUGAUCUUGGGAGAGAGGGAGAAGGCACAGCAUGCGGGUCAGGGAUUGCUGUAUGGGCUGGUAAGGGGAUUGGGGAGGUGGGUUAGCCUGGGCGUGCAGGAUCGGUUUGCGCAGGAGGCGGAGGUGAUUGCGAGGGCGGCGGUCAAGGCGGCGAAAAUGGCGGAGGAGGGGAAGGCGCCGGGGAAAUGGUGGGUGUUGGAACAGGAUGAGAUUGUCAAGUUGGGGAGGGAAGAGUGGAAGGAGUAAGGAGGGUGUUUGAGAAGAGAUUCAUUACGGGAUGUGAUGCGGGAAAGAAGGGAAUCGAUCAGCCACAAAGUUGCCAUCAAGUGUCCAGCUUGAAGGGGCUAUAGAUCGUAAAGGUAAUACCGGGUGGUGAAGAGGGUAGUGGUGCAUAAAUGAACACAGACCAGGCGUUGAGCACGAUGCAGGUUUGACUUCAAGCGGGAGUAGUAGUUGUGGUUGUUCACGGGUGUGCUGUUUGUGUAAAUUAUGAUAUCAAACUGAUCUCCUCAACCUAGUUCGUAUCUCGAGUAUCUUGAAACCAAGACUUGAAAGCAUCGAUGAGAUGCCUGGAUUUCGUUGCUG